AUUGGCCGGCUCGGGAUGACGUCGCUGGGCACGCCCCCCUCCUCUCUAGCAGCAGCAACAGUAGUCUGGCAAGGCGGAGUAAAAAUGGCUGAAGCGGGAGGAGAGGACAAGGAGCUGGAGGAGCUGCUGGACAGUGCGCUGGGUGAUUUCGAGAAGACCAGCCAACCUCCUCCGCCCGCGGACAAGACUACAAAACCCUCCGGUCCGGAAAGGCCGCCUGCGGAUGCUGCUAAGGAUCCCAUGUUGGCGUCUCAGGAGCAGUUCUUUCAGGAGCUGUUCAGCAGCGAGUUGGCUGCCCAGGCUUCGGAAGAGUUUGAGAAGGCCAUGAAGGAGCUGGCCGAGGAGGAACCCCAUCUGGUGGAGCAGUUCCAAAAGCUGUCUGAAGUUGCUGAAAAAGUCGGAAGUGAUGAAACCUCCCAGCAAGAGUUUACUUCCUGCCUGAAAGAGACAUUAUCUGGAUUGGCCAAGAAUGCCAAUGACUUGCAGAACCCCACCCUGUCAGAGGAGGAGCUGGCUCGGGCGAUGGAUGGUCUCGGAGUCGACGAGGACGGAGAAGGAAAUAUCUUGCCGUUCAUGCAGAACAUCAUGCAGAGCCUGCUGUCCAAGGAAGUCUUGUAUCCGUCCCUCAAAGAGAUCACAGACAAGUACCCAGAGUGGCUGCAGACGAACCGGGAGUCUCUGCCCCCCGAGGAAUACCACAAGUACCAGGAGCAGCACAACCUCAUGAGCAGGAUCUGCCAGAAAUUCGAGUCCGAGCAGCCGGGCGAAGAGGCGGCCCGGUUCGAGGCGGUCAUGGAUCUCAUGCAGCAGCUUCAAGAAUUGGGACACCCGCCUAAAGAACUGGCUGGAGAUUCUCCUCCCGGACUGAACUUCGAUCUUGACGGAAUGAACCUGAACUCCAGCAACGCGAGUGGAGAGCAGUGCUCCAUCAUGUGACCUCGGC